AUGAAUACGAUAGUGUCUAAUCAAGUAUCAGUCCAUGAAACAAUCACAAGUACCAGCGCCAAGGUGGAAGUAUUGAAAUCCCACUUGAACAAGAAAGAGGACCUGAAGAUUUUGAAUUGGCUCACCAUUGUUGACUAUGGAUCCAAUCAAAGUGACAUCCUUGGCAGGCGAGAACCAGGAACUGGCCAAUGGCUGUUGGACUCUGCCGAAUACCAGUCCUGGCUCAGCAGAGAAGAGACAGUUCUGUUCUGCCCGGGUAUUCCUGGAGCAGGAAAGACAAUCCUUACAUCUGUCGUGAUUGACGACCUGAUUGAACGAUUUCACAAUGACUCGGAGACCGGGAUUGCAUACAUAUACUUCAAUGCCCAACGACAAGUCGAGCAGACAUUAACCAACUUGGUUGAGAGCCUAUUGAAGCAACUUGCAGAGGGCCAAACGUCAAUGCCGGUGGUGGUGAAAGACCUCUUUGAACGACACCAAAAGCAGCGGACAAAACCACAGUUGAAUGAAUACCUGCGGGCAAUUAAUUCGGUAGUGGCAAUGUUUUCGAAGGUCUUCAUUAUUCUCGAUGCUUUGGAUGAAUGCCAGGAAGCUGAUGGCUGCCGGGAGAGUUUUAUUUCAGAAAUCUUCAAACUCCAGCAGAACUCUGGAGCAAGCAUCUUUGCAACUUCUAGAUUUGUCCCGGCCAUUACCAAUAGGUUUGGGAGGGCUACAAGCGUACAGAUACGUGCAAAGAAAGAGGACUUGCAUGUAUACAUCAAUCGCUUUCUUGAACGACGACCUCGCCUCUCUAGAAAGGGUUCUACUCUUUGCAAGGAGGUUAAGGAAGGAAUUCUCAACACAGUUGACGGAAUGUUCCUACUUGCCCAACUUCUUCUCAAUUCGUUAGAAGGAAAGAUGUCUACGAAAGAAAUCCGGGAUUUCUUGCGCGAUAUCUCUAGCACCUCCAGUUCGUAUGAGAGUGCGUACGAGGAUACUAUGCGGCGCAUAGAGAGUCAGAAUGUAGGCUAUAAGAAUUUAGCCCGGAGGGUUUUACUAUGGAUUACACACGCACAAAGACAGCUGACGGUGGCUGAGCUCCGCGAGGCCUUGGCGAUAGAAGUGGGAACCCCGAAUCUCGAUCCUGAGAAUCAGCCUGAAGUCGGGGAUAUGGUGUCUGCAUGUGCCGGGCUGGUCACCAUCGAAAACGAAAGCAAUAUUAUCCGACUAGUCCACUAUACCACGCAAGAGUACUUUAGGCAAACGCGAGCGAAAUGGUUCCCGGAGGCAGAGUCAGAUAUCACCACUGCUUGCCUCACAUAUGUCUCAUUUGAUGCGUUUGGAAGCGGACCGUCCGUCACAGAUGAAGAGUUCCAACAACGCCUUGACACCAAUCGACUUUACGAUUAUGCAGCAAAAUUUUGGGGCGACCAUGCUCGACUCUGCGGGCGGCUAUUAGACCUAAUGCCAGAAUUUCUCAAAAAAGAGCGACAUGUACUGGCAGCAAGCCAAUGGCUCACGAUCGAACAAGAAUGGGUGUCAUGGGGAAGCGGUUACAGCGGAAAUUUCCCAGGAAUGUGGACAGGAUUACACAUGUCCGCAUAUUUUGGCAUUCAGAAAGCAGUGGAAACACUUCUCCAUCAGAUUGAAGGGCCGGACAUGGAAGAUGACUACAUGAGAACACCGCUUUUCUAUGCUGCUAUAAAAGGCCAUGAGGCUGUGGUGAAGAUGCUGUUGGACACCCAAAAGGUUGAUGUUGACUCCAGGGAUACUAUCAAUGGCCGAACACCGCUCUCAUGGGCUGCUGAAAAUGGUCAUGAAGCUGUUGUAGCGAUGCUACUUGACACAGGACGGGUCGAUGUUGACUCCAGGGAUACUCAGAAUGGCCGAACACCGCUA